UUUUUAGCUUCAUUCCCAUUAUAUCUCUUUUCAUCCACACCUUCUCUCUCUCUCUCUCUCUAAAGAAUCAAGAACACACACCAGUGUGUGUUACAUGUGUGUGAGAUUUGAUGCAACAAUAGCUGAUCAUAUACAGUGCUUAGAGUGACUGCUUCAGUUUCUUCCAAAAAACUAACCAUUGUCUUUUUGGUUGAUGCCAUAUUAGAGCUCAGAUCAUGGCAAAACAGUUGAGAUUUCAACAAGUAAACUAGGGUUUAAACAAACAAAAACCUUUGUUUUUUACUUUAGCUUCUUUCCAAGUUUGAUUCUUCUUUUGUCUUCUACAUCUUUACCUUUUUAUGAUGAUGCAACAUACCCUUCUUUCCUUUCUAUAGAUACUCUUCUACUACAUAUAUAUAUAUAUAUAUAUACACACACGUACACAUAUUGACACCUAGUGAGACAAGAAGAUGAUGAAACAGCAGAAUGUGAUUUUAGAAGAUGAUUUGAGUUCUGCAUCUGAUCUUCAUGCAACUACUGUUAAUUCUUGCUCUGAGAAUAUAGGUCAAGAAAAUGGAAGCAGUUAUAAUCCAAAUCAUCAAAAUUACUUUGCUCAUCCUCCUCCAAGUCAAAGUCAACCACUAAUCAAGAAAAAAAGAAGUCUUCCAGGCAACCCAGAUCCAGAAGCAGAAGUGAUAUCUUUAUCACCCAAGACACUAAUGGCAACAAACAGAUUUGUGUGUGAGAUGUGUAACAAAGGGUUUCAAAGAGAUCAAAACCUACAACUUCACAGAAGAGGACACAACCUGCCAUGGAAGUUAAAGCAAAGGAACAAAAAUGAAGUGGUGAGGAAGAAAGUGUAUGUGUGUCCAGAAGUGAACUGUGUGCACCAUGAACCAUCAAGAGCUCUAGGGGACCUAACAGGAAUCAAGAAACACUUUUGCAGAAAGCAUGGUGAAAAAAAGUGGAAAUGUGAUAAGUGUUCAAAGAGGUAUGCAGUUCAAUCCGAUUGGAAAGCUCAUUCCAAAACUUGUGGCACCAGAGAGUACAAAUGUGACUGCGGUACCCUUUUUUCAAGGAGGGAUAGUUUCAUCACACAUAGAGCUUUUUGUGAUGCACUAGCAGAAGAGAGUGCAAGAGCAAUCACUGGAAUAACAAACCCAACAACACUUCCGGGUCAAAUACCGACCCAUUUCAAUGAUCAUUCUCAUCAUCAUCUUCUUCUUGACCCGGUUCACACAUCCUUCUUGAAAAAAGAAGAAAGCCCAUUAUUCCCAUCAUGGCUUCAAACCCAAACCCAAUCCCAAGAUCAAGACUGUAGCCCUAGCAGUACUAGUACAAGUCAUGGUGGCUGUGGGCCCACUCUGAUAUCCUACCAUCCAGCACCAUCUGCAUACAUGUCAGCUACUGCAUUGCUGCAAAAAGCAGCUCAGAUGGGUACAAGUCAUCUAAGCAGGGGUACAACUCUUCAAGCACCAUGUACAACCUCUUUCGGACCCCACCCCCACCAACACAUAGCUCACGUGUCUGCUAACUCUCCUGCAGCAGCUGGUAACAACACUUGUGGUACAACUGGUUCAAGCAGUCUACUUAACAACAACAAUGGUGCAUGUGCAGGUGGACCCUCAUCCCUAACCCUACCCCUACCCCAUCAUCCAUCAUCAUCAUCUUUUAUCCAUCCCGUGAACAUGAGCAUGAUGACCAUGAUGAUGAAUGAAGAUAGUUUUGCUGAUGUGUCACCUUUUGAUGAUGCAUUUAGUCAAAUGUUGGAUGCAAAGAAAGAAGAAGAUGAUGAUGAUGAUGAUAAUGGAAGUGAUCUUAAUGAAUGUCAUAUGAUGAUGCAUGGUUCCAAGAGUGGCAAUGGUGGUAAUAUUGGUGGUGGAGUUAGGGGUAAUGAGGGAAUGACUAGGGAUUUUUUGGGCCUCAAAGAUCCCUCACAUGGUGGUGAUAUUGUAAUUGAUCAUACCCUUAAACAACCAUGGCAUCAUGCAAAGUAAUUAUUAUUAUUACUAUUAUUAUUAAUAGAUUAAUGAUAUAUAAGUCAUUUAGGCUUUUUACCUUUUCUUAAUUAGUUACCUUUAUUCUGUUUCUUAUAAACUUUGUUACUGUAAUCCAAAAGGAAGAUAACUUUUGAGCCCCAAUGAUCAAAUCAAUGCAUAUUCUUGUAACUUCACACA